CCGCCGUGGACGUUCCCGUCGCGGUCGGACGGACGCCCCAGCGCCGCGGGCUCGGGUCACCAGGGCACUCAGGUGGCAUCAAGAUGCUCAGAGGCCUCUGCCCCGCCCUCCUGCUCUGGGGGCUCCUGGGGGUCCUCCAUGCCCAGCAGCAGGAGGUCAUCGCACCCGGAACCUCAGACAGAAGCAACAACUGCCCAGAGAAGGCGCACUGCCCGGUGUACGUGUACUUCGUGCUGGACACAUCAGAGAGUGUGGCCAUGCAGCCACCCACGGACCGGCUGCUGCAGCACAUGCAGGACUUUGUGGUGGAGCUGACCAGCCAGCUGCAGGACCAGCUAUACCUGGACCAGGUGGUGCUGAGCUGGCGGCUGGGCGGGCUGCACUUCUCGGACGUGGUGCAGGAGUUCAGCCCGCCCGACAGUGACCGGGCCUCCUUCCUGGGCAGGCUGCGCAGUAUCGUGUCCAUCCGGCGGGGCACCUUCACCGACUGCGCCAUCGCCAACAUGACGCGCCAGGUGCGGCCCUUCCUGGGCAAGGGCGCCGUGGCCUAUGCCGUGGUCAUCACCGAUGGCCACGUCACUGGCAGCCCGUGCGGCGGCCUCAAGCUACAGGCCGAGCGCGCCCGCGAUGAGGGCAUUCGGCUGUUCGCCGUGUCCCCCAGCCAGCGGCUGCACGAACAGGGCCUGCGGGACCUGGCCAGCGUCCCCCACGAGCUCUAUCGCAACGGCUACGUCACCAUCCGGCCCGACUCCGAGAUGGACCAGGACACCAUCAACCGCAUCAUCCGGGUCAUGAAACACGAAGCCUACGGGGAGUGCUACAAAGUGAGCUGUCUGGAGAUCAGGGGUGCGCCCGGCCCUAAGGGGUACCGUGGACAGAAGGGUGCCAAGGGCAACAUGGGCGAGCCGGGCGAGCCUGGACAGAAGGGACGACAGGGAGACCCAGGCAUCGAGGGUCCCAUCGGAUUCCCUGGACCCAAGGGGGUUCCCGGUCUCAAAGGAGAGAAGGGUGAAUUCGGAGCUGACGGACGGAAGGGCGCCUCUGGCCUGGCCGGCAAAAACGGGACUGACGGACAGAAGGGCAAGCUGGGGCGCAUUGGACCUCCUGGAUGCAAGGGGGAUCCCGGGAGCCGGGGCCCUGAUGGCUACCCUGGAGAAGCGGGCAGCCCUGGGGAGCAGGGAGACCAAGGCGCCAAGGGUGACGCCGGCCGGCCUGGACGCAGAGGCCCUCCGGGAGAGAGUGGGGCCAAAGGAAGCAAGGGUUACCAAGGCAACAGCGGAGCCCCAGGCAGCCCCGGCGUGAAAGGAGCCAAGGGCGGCCCUGGGCCCCGAGGACCCCGCGGAGAGCCUGGCCGAAGAGGAGACCCCGGGGCCAAGGGCGGCCCAGGCAGUGAUGGGACCAAGGGGGAAAAGGGGGACCCUGGGCCUGAGGGAGCCCGGGGCCUGGCCGGAGAGGUGGGCAACAAAGGAUCCAAGGGGGACCGAGGCCUGCCUGGACCUAGAGGACCCCAAGGUGCCCUAGGGGAACCCGGGAAGCAGGGGUCUCGAGGAGACCCUGGGGAUGCUGGUCCCCGUGGAGAGUCAGGACCACCUGGCCCCAAGGGAGACCCUGGAAGACCUGGAUUCAGCUACCCUGGACCUCGAGGAGAGCCUGGUGACAAAGGCGAGCCCGGCCCCCGAGGCCCCGAGGGCGGCAGAGGCGACUUCGGACUGAAAGGAGAGAGCGGGAGGAAAGGCGAGAAGGGCGAGCCUGCGGAUCCUGGACCCCCUGGAGAGCCUGGCCCCCGAGGCCCGAGAGGACCCCCAGGACCUGAGGGAGAACCUGGACCCCCCGGAGACCCCGGUCUCACAGAGUGUGACGUCAUGACGUACGUGCGGGAGACGUGCGGCUGCUGUGACUGCGAGAAGCGCUGCGGGGCCCUGGACGUGGUGUUCGUCAUCGACAGCUCCGAGAGCAUCGGCUACACCAACUUCACCCUGGAGAAGAACUUCGUCAUCAACGUGGUCAACAGGCUGGGUGCCAUCGCCAAGGACCCCAAGUCCAAGACUGGCACCCGCGUGGGCGUGGUCCAGUACAGCCACGAGGGCACUUUCGAGGCCAUCCAGCUGGACGACCCGCGCAUUGACUCGCUGUCCAGCUUCAAGGAGGCCGUGCGCAGCCUCGAGUGGAUCGCGGGUGGCACGUGGACGCCGUCGGCGCUCAAGUUCGCCUACGACCGGCUCAUCAAGGAGAGCCGCCGCCAGGGCACGCGCGUAUUCGCCGUGGUCAUCACCGACGGCCGGCACGACCCGCGCGACGACGACCUGCACCUGCAGGCGCUGUGCAACCGCGACGUGACCGUCACGGCCAUUGGUAUUGGCGACAUGUUCCACGAGAAGCACGAGAGCGAGAGCCUGUCGUCCAUCGCCUGCAACAAGCCGCAGCAGGUGCGCAACAUGACGCUCUUCUCCGACCUGGUGGCUGAGCGCUUCAUCGACGACAUGGAGGACGUGCUGUGCCCAGACCCCCAGAUCGUGUGCCCAGACCUCCCCUGCCAAGCAGAGCUGUAUGUGGCCCAGUGCACGCAGCGGCCAGUGGACAUCGUCUUCCUGCUGGACGGCUCCGAGAGGCUGGGCGAGCAGAACUUCCGCAAGGCACUGCGCCUGGUGGAGGCCACGUCGCGGCGGUUGACACUGGCCCGCGGGGAUGACGACCCUCUGAAUGCGCGCCUGGCACUGCUGCAGUUCGGGGCGGCGGGCGAGCAGCAGGUGGUCUUCCCACUGACGUCCAACCUGGCGCAGGUGCAGGAGGCACUGGACAACGCACGCUACCUGGACUCGGCAUCGCACGUGGGCGCAGGCAUCGUGCAUGCCGUCAACCACGUGGCGCAGCGUGGGCAGGGGGGUGCCCGGCGCCAUGCAGAGCUGGCCUUCGUCUUCAUCACCGACGGUGUCACGGGCAACCUCAGCCUGAACGAGGCACUGCACUCUAUGCGCAAGGAGAAUGUGGUGCCCACGGUGGUGGCCGUGGGCGCGGACGUGGACACCGAGGUGCUGACCAAGCUGAGCCUGGGCGAUGCGGCUGCCGUCUUCCGCGAGAAGGACUAUGACAGCCUGGUGCAACCCAGCUUCUUCGACAGGUUCAUCCGCUGGCUCUGCUAGUGCCGCCAGCGGCACCACACCCAGUGCCCUGGCCUGACCAGGCCCACCCCACCCAGCCUGUCCCUGGCCACGCCCCUCCCGGCCCGCCCCACGCGGCUCCAGCCCGUGGCCUCCCUCUGUGGGUCCUGCCCCCACCCCUUCCUGGUGCUCCCGGAGGCCCAUUGCCGUGUGGGCACCCCCUGUGCGGACUGAGCUGACAGCCCCUGCCUGGGUGCACACUCUGACCCCAAUAAAAGUUGAA